GCCCGAAUCGAUCUUUUUGUUCUCCCUUCCGUCUUCGUUUAGCCACAAAAAUAACUCAUUAUUUAAUUCCUUCAUUUUUAUUUCCCCUUUCUGUCCAGGAGGAAUCCAAACCCAACCCUAAUUAAGAGAAGUAGGCUCGCCGUUCCUUUCCCAUUGACGGCGGAUUUUCCAUCGAAUUCUCAAACCAAACUCGGAGCCGAUCAAAUUCGCAGCAAACCAAACCCAGAUCGUUGGCGCGCGAAUCUAUGGGAAGAACAAACGAAUUCCUCUGUUUUUCUCUCUCUACUAAUCGCCGGCGCGGAGCCGUUUGGCGUUGAGUUGCUGAACCUCCGGCGCCCACCCUACCGCCCAGCCUUCAUCAAUCUUCGACAACUCCGGCGCCCAGAUUCUUCUCCACCACCCAGCUGCACCUUGACGAUGCUGGUACCGUUGACUGCCAAACGCCCAUGUCGGCUGAACUAGCUUCCAGUCUUCUUUUCAACCUCUGGAACAUGAAGGAGCCACUCAUACGGAAGAACAACGAUUACCCGGUAGCCACAGCAUCCGUGGAAGAAGAUGGUUUGCAGCAGCAGGGCAGGAGUGAGAGCUUGUGGAUGGUUUAUCUCAGCACAUUUGUCGCUGUUUGCGGGUCUUAUGUAUUCGGAUGCUGUGCGGGAUAUUCAUCGCCAACACAAGAUGCAAUCAGGGAAGAUCUCUCCUUGUCUCUGGCCGAGUAUUCUAUGUUUGGUUCAAUUCUGACGUUUGGGGCAAUGAUUGGUGCAAUCACAAGCGGAUCAUUGGCUGAUCUCCUGGGCCGAAAAGGGGUGAUGAGACUGUCAAGUGCCUUCUGCGCUGCAGGCUGGAUUGCCAUUUACUUUGCUGAGGGAGCAGUGGCACUGGACAUUGGCAGAUUGGCAACUGGCUAUGGGAUGGGAGUGUUCUCCUAUGUGGUGCCUGUUUUCAUAUCCGAAAUAGCGCCCAAGAAUCUUCGAGGGGCUCUAGCCACUUUGAAUCAGGUUAUGAUCUGUGGUGGAGUUUCGGUAUCAUUCAUUAUAGGCACAUUCCUAACGUGGAGGGCUCUUGCUUUAACCGGACUCGUCCCUUGUGGAAUCCUGCUUAUAGGACUGUUUUUCAUUCCAGAAUCUCCUAGAUGGCUGGCAAAGAGAGGUCACGAAAAGGAGUUCGAGGUUGCAUUGCAGAAACUUCGGGGCAAGGAUGCUAAUAUUGCGGAGGAGGCAGCUGAGAUUAUGGAAUACAUUGAAACACUCGACCGCCUUCCUAAAGUAAAGAUGCUGGACUUGUUCAAUAGAAGAUAUCUACGAUCAGUCAUUAUUGGUGUUGGGUUGAUGGUGGCUCAACAAUUUGGAGGAAUCAAUGGAGUGUGCUUCUAUCUCAGUAACAUCUUCCAGUCAGCAGGAUUCUCUCCCAGUGUUGGAACUAUUACCUAUGCCAUUCUUCAGGUUGUGGUGACACUGUUAAUUACACAAGUGAUUGACAGAGCAGGAAGGAAGCCCCUUUUACUGGCUUCUGGAUCUGGUUUGGUGCUGGCCUGCUUGAUAACAGGCCUUUCAUUCUACCUCAAGGUCAAUGAAUUGGCUCUGGAUUAUGUUCCUGUGAUGGCCGUAACUGGCAUACUGUUAUAUAUUGGGUCCUUUUCAGCAGGGAUGGGCGCUGUUCCAUGGGUUAUCAUGUCUGAGAUAUUUCCAAUAAACAUCAAAGGAGCAGCUGGAGGUUUAGCAACACUAGUUAACUGGUUUGGUGCAUGGGCAGUUUCCUACACAUUCAAUUUCCUCAUGUCCUGGAGCUCCUAUGGUACAUUUCUUGUUUAUGCUGGAAUCAACGCGCUAGCCAUAGUCUUUGUAAUCAUGGUGGUACCAGAAACAAAAGGAAGAACCUUAGAACAGAUACAAGCAGCCAUUAAUGGUUAGAAUGCAAAACAGUUUUUUUUAUUGGACAUGGUUGAAGCUCCGAUUGCCCGGGAAUGUAAAAUGGGAAAAUUGAACAUACAUUCAUCUCUUCAUUCAAGCAAAUCUAGGGAUAGAUGAGCUAGGGGAAGCAAUUGUGAUGUACCUUUAUGGAACAAAUGAGGUCCUUGUUGUUGACAGUGCAAAGGAAUAAAUUUUCCAGCGCCAAAGUAAUGUAGAAUGCACUUUCCUAUUCAGUGAUAAGAAACCACAGAUGACUAUUGUUUCCUCUUUUAUUAGGUCCAUUCG